AUGGGUGAAGAUUUGACAUUAAAUGAAUAUGAAAAACAACGACUUGAAAAUAUUCGUCGAAAUGAAGAAAUUCUUAGACAACUAAACAUUCCAGAACUUGUUCUUGAAGCUAAAAGGAAAGCUGAACAAGAUGAAAAAAGACGAGAAGGUGAAAAACGCGUUAGAAUGAUGGGUGAUCUUGAUUUAAAUUCUAUUCGAUCAGAUAUGACGUCUGUUGAUGAUACCAAUGAUUUUGUUGAUAUUAUAUCAAAUUUGACAAAAUCUAACUUGAAUGAAGAUCGUGAAAGUAUUUCAGAUGAUAAUAUUGAUUAUAGUUGUAUUGCGGGAGGAGCGGAUGGUUUUAAAGCAGUUCGAAUGGCUAAUAAAUCGCUCGCAAUUGGAGAGAAAUGGUCAUCUGUUAAGGUCACCCCAGAGAGAAUAUAUUGUAUUGCUAUUCAUCCUGCUAAGGAGAAAGUGCUGGUUGCUGCUGGCGAUAAAAUUGGAUGGCUUGGAUUUUGGGACGUUAAAGAAAGUAUCAAAUCCGAAGAUGAAGAUGAAGAAGAUCAACCAAGAACUUAUUUGUUUAAAGCUCACACAAAAACCAUAACGUCCACAAUGUAUUCACCUACUAAUUAUAAUAAUCUUUACACGUGCUCAUAUGAUGGAUCUAUUCGUUCUUUUGAUUUUAAUCAAGCAAAAUUUGUGGAAGCUUUUGCAUAUUCAGAUUCUAGAAAUGAUUAUUUUUUGUCCAGUAUGGAUAUGGAUCCUAACGGUCAGAUAAUUUAUUUAUCUACAAAUAAUGGUAAAUUCGGAAUAAAAGAUAUCCGUGAACCGAUAGAAACAUUUACGGAAUAUAAACUACUUGAACAUAAAAUUGGAUGUAUUUCGAUCAAUAAAAUUCAUCCGCAAUAUCUUGUCACAUCUUCUUUGGACAGAACUAUGCGUCUUUGGGACAUUCGUAAAUUGAAUGCUGAAACAUCAACUGAAAUCCAAAAAAUUCAGUUUAGUAAUUCAGUGACCAGUGCUUAUUGGAGUCCGAAUGGUAAUCAAAUUGUAUCAUCUAGCUUUGAUGACACGGUAAAAGUGUUUGACUUUGAUGAAGAAAAUAAUUUGAAAGAAGGCAAGUGGGUUACUAUGUUUCGCGCAACUUGGAAUCCGAACCCAAAUGUGCAUCCACACUUUAUCAUUGGAAACAUGGGAAGAUCUGCAGAAAUAAUGUCUGGAAUAAAUGGUGAUUUAAUUUGUAACUUGCGGGAUGAAAGACUUACAGCUAUACCAGCGGUUAAUGCUUUUCACCCAAAUAUUAAUCUAAUCAUUAGUGGAAAUGCUUCAGGAAGGAUGGUCGCUUGGGAGGAAAGAGUCAAGCAGCCACCACUGGAAGAGGAUAAAAAGAUGCUUCAACCUCUAGUUGUUAUUAACGGCAAAUAUCACUGA